AUGCCGAAAUCGAACGACAAAAUACUUCUUGCCCCACAUCCGUCUCUACGUCUUGCGCUUAACAGACACACCAAAGGUUCGCUAUUGCAGCUCACAGAACGAUGGUUGCAAUCACUCAAAAGUGAACCACAAGACGAAAAUAAGAACAUUGAAGAAUUGGUUUCUUCAUACAAAGAGUUCAAAAAGUCUGGGAGUAAGAAGAAGUUAAUAGACAAAAUAUGUGAUGAUUUGGGGGGAUUGACAUAUUUACAGCUGGCACAAUUGGACUUAAAGUAUUGUCGCGAACAUUCAAAGAAUAGGCAAUGGUCAGCGUUAAAACUGUGUUGGGAAAACAAUACAUCAAGAAGAGAGAUCAAAGCCAUAACUAAACUACGUUGGCAAAUGUCUAAUAAUAUGUCGCUAUUCUUUAAACACCAUCUUUAUAUCGAAUCUCAUGAAAACAGUUGGUGGAUUAGAAUAAGCAUCAAUGACGGAGUAGCUCCAAAUGUUGUUCCUCCAACAGGAAACAUAGUAUAUUUGGUGUAUUUUGUUGAUUCCGAAUAUCUAUUGUCGACAAGGGUCAAAUCAGAAUUCAAAGCAUACAUAAUGCAGGCGCUUAUCAAAUCUUUUACAUGUCACGAAAUAGAAGAGUGGGAUCUGAAGGGGAAAUAUGUCGAUUCGUUGGAGCAAUUAUUACUUCAUCGAGAAUCACAAGGAUCAUUUAGUCUGUAUCGUCUGAAUCAAGUAGAUGAUAAUCCACUACUUCAUCCGGUAAAGAAAAAGAAACCAGGAGAUGCUUCAGGGAAAACAAGAAGAAAACGGAAUAGUCGCAUAGUGUCCGAGGAUUUGAAGCGUGAAGCGGAGAGAGAACGUACGCUAGAAGAGAACUUUGGAUCCGUCGAACAGCCUGCACUGGACCACGUGGAAAUCAAAGUAAAACUUCCAUUUGAUCCCUCAUCGUCUUACGAGGUGGGCCCUGAUCCGAUAACAACUACAAUACGCUUUGAAGGCACAAACGUCAUUGAAGGCAUCAAGAAGAUGAUCCCACUUGAAAUAGCCAAGCGGCCUCUCCCAACCUUUAUGUCCAACCUGCACAGCUUGGCAAAGAAUUAUCUUGAAGUUGAUGAGAACGGGAUUGUUGCUGAAUGA